UGCGAACCCAGCAAAAUUCCUUAGUUUUUGUGUGUACAAUUUAUUAAACACAAUAAUGGCCGAGGGCGAUUGUAGAAUUUGCGUUAAAAAGCCUGCCAAAUAUAGUUGCCCGCGGUGCAAUGUACUAUACUGUUCCGUAGAGUGUUACAAAUCACAGCAGCACCUGGAGUGUUCGGAGGGCUUUUUUCGGGAAAAUGUGGUACAAGAACUGGCGUUACGGCGAAACGAAGAUGAAGGGAAAGAAUCAUCCAAAGCUAUGGUUGAUAUACUGCGACGAGUAGAGCUCGUGGAUACACUUGAUGAAGAAGAAGAUGAGGCACUUUCCGAUGGUUCCGACGAGGAAAUCCCGGAUUCGGAUGACGAAGAUCAAGAUGUUGAACUAGCCGAUCGGCUAAAUGGAGUUGACCUGGAUGACCCCAGCAGUGUAUGGGAACGACUUACUGGUGCAGAGAAGGAGGAAUUUCAAAGCCUUGUAGAAAAUGGAGAUAUUAUUAAAGUUCUUCCCGACCUAAAUUGCUGGUGGACGCAGGAGCAUAAAGUAGAUUUAAUUCAACCAGUAGAAGGACCGUCGUCACAAGAGAAGCAGCUGCUUUCCGCCUGUCCUAGAGUGUGGGAUAAAAUACCCAAUUUCGCAGAUUUGUUUAACAAGGAACCGUCUUCAGCGGUGCGUUUCAAUAUUGCCAAUGUUCUGGCCGCAUACUCUUUUGUUUAUCGAUACUUUUACGGAGACAUACAUGAAAAUGCCUUAGAAGCAGCUGAUUGUCUUAUAAGUAUAGCUUUAAAUCUGAAGAAAAAUGCUGUUUUCGACUCUGAAGCAAUGGCCGUGGAAUCCGUCACGAGUGAAUGUAUGGUGGUAAAAUUACCUACGGACAAUACGACGACAUCCGUUUUGAGGGACCAUGUUCGAACUUUUCUGGCUGGACCGAAGGGUUCUGGGAAAAAGUUUCGAAAGCUAUUCCUUUUGGCUGCGCUAUCCGAUGUACGAAAUCUAAUCGGUCGUGCAAACCGAGAGCUUAAGGAAUUAACUGAGCAAAAAGCAGUCAAUAUAGACGUAACGGAUAUUAAAAAUAUCGACACCACGCUGAUUCGAAGUUGUAUAAGAAAAACCGAAUUCUAUCUCGCAUACGCUAAGUCAGAUUAUUUCUAAUGUGUGCCCUAGAGGUCAAUAAGCUUGCCAGUCAGUUAUGAUACUUUUAUCCAAAAAUAAUACUUCUUUUUUAUUUCCAUUUUCUUAUGAAAUCGUCUAUAUUCAUUUUAUUUACAAUUUCGUUUAAAGAAUAGAAAGAAUCGAUGCGCAUUGGAUCUAAAUGGAAAUGUAAAAUGAACUGAAAAGAGUAUUGCAUGAAUUUCACAAUGAUUGCGCAUCAGUAACAACAUUGCAACAGUACAUUAGAACAAUCCUUAUAGAAAGAUAAAACGUGUAAUAAAUUAAAAUAGUUACAAUAAAAAGGGAAAACAACCGCAGACCCAUUAUCCAGUUCCUCAAAACGAACUCUUGUGUUACACAUCCGCACGCGGUAAUCGUGUCUGGGGCGAUGUUUGCGAGUUCACUUCGAUGGCUCCGGAUUGUGUCUGGCUUUUAAAAUAAAUAUACUCAUAGCUUACUUCAUCUCUAAUGGUACGUGUGAUGUUAAA